AUGGAUACCACCAGCCACGAUGACAUUGCCAUGGGCAAUGCAACUAGAUACCAUGUAAAAGACGCCGGGGAAAGCAAGGAGGAGAACAAGAUUGAAACAGCUUCUAUUGCGUCUCAUGACUUUGGGAGUAUGACGAACAUUUCCGACAACACACAUCGCAGUCUAAAGCCACGACACAUUCAGUUGCUGGGCAUCGGAGGCGUUAUCGGAACCUUUCUGUUUGUUGGAAUCGGAAAGGCCCUUAUUGCCGGCGGACCAGGUAGUCUAUUCCUAUCGUUUGUAUUCUGGUGUUUUGUUAUUCUGGGUGUCACGGAGUGCUGCAGCGAAAUGGUCACAUAUCUGCCAAUUUCGUCGCCCUUCAUUAGGUUUGCAGGACGAUUUGUGGACGACGCAUUUGGAGUUGCCACUGGGUGGAACUUCUUUAUUUUCCAAGCAAUUCUGGUUCCAUUUGAAAUGGUUGCAGUCAAUAUCAUCUUGAAUUAUUGGACGGACAAGAUUCCAGUUGCGGCAGUUGUCAGUAUUAUCCUGGUUAUCUACAUCGUUGUGAACUCCUUCAAUGUCAAGUACUACGGAGAGAUUGAAUUUUGGCUUGCCAUUGCUAAGAUUUUUCUCAUCGUUGGACUUACCGCAUAUACAUUUGUAACUAUGGUUGGCGGAAAUCCUCUUCACGAUAAAUACGGAUUCCGAUACUGGCGUGACCCUGGCUCCUUUAUAGAAUAUUAUACUACGGGAAACACUGGGCGGUUCCUUGGAUUUGUCCAGUGUCUUAUUUCGGCCUCGGUUACGGUGACAGGACCCGAAUAUAUCUCCAUGACGGCUGGUGAAGCUGCAAACCCCCGUGACACGAUGCCGAAGGUUUUCAAGUCCGUCUUCUGGCGUUUAGCUUGUUUCUUCGCAUUAGGGUCACUAUGCAUUGGCAUUGUCGUACCCUCGAAUUCUGAAGACCUUGCUGCAGCCUACUCAACAUCUGGCUCCAAUGCCGGUGCGAGCCCAUACGUCAUAUCUAUGAACAGGCUUCAAAUUCCAAUAUUGCCGCAUAUUGUGAACGGUGCUCUUAUCCUGUCGGCGCUAUCGACCGGAAACAGUGUCUUCUACUGCGCAUCUAGAAGCCUGUACGGCCUGGCUUUGGAAGGUAAAGCACCAAAGUUUUUCAGGAAGACAACUAAAGCUGGUAUUCCAAUCUUCUGUAUUGCUGCAGUGAUUUUGAUAUCACUACUGGCAUUUUUGCAAGUUUCCAGUGGUUCUGCCAAGGUGUUUGGAUGGCUUGUCAACAUUAUUACUACUUCUCAGCUCAUCAAUCUUGCCGUUAUCUGCUUCACUUACUUGUGCUUCAGAAAAGCUUGGGCAGUUCAGAAACGGCCUCAAACCCUGCUUCCUUACAAAGCACGUUGGCAGCCAUACAGUACUUACUUCAGUCUCACCUGCUGUUUAUUGAUGGUUUUCGUUAGUGGCUACGAAGUCUUCCUCAACGACGAGUGGGAUACCGCGACAUUCUUUUUCAGCUACACCAUGAUUGGUGUGUUUAUUGUCAUAUUUAUCCUGGCCAAAAUAAUCAAAAGAUCAUCAUUCGUUCGCCCGGCCGACGUUGAUUUGGUCUCGGACGUACAGGAGAUCGAAGAUUACACAGCGAAUUAUAUCGAAACCCCUGACAGGUAA